AUGCCUUCGACGACGUGGCUCUCGCAAUCCCAUUGGGACGCCCUCACCCUCUCCUCGACGACCGCGCCUCGAGGCUACCCGCCACCUCCUUCUGCCACUCCCCGCGACUUGGCAGCACCCGCCGCGCCCUCUACGCCCAUUCGGAGGCCCGUGGGAACCGCGCAAUCGCACGAGCGCCCGAGCGCGGUGGACGCGCGGCCCUCGGCGCUCGACCGUCGCGUCGACUCUCGCGGCGACCUCCCUCCUCCUCCUCUCUCGCGCCCUCUCGCCCGCUCGACGCGCCAACCGGACUGCGAGGACGAGCGAAGGUUCCGCUCUCCUCGCAGCCGACCGGCCCCAACUCAUGACGCGAGCGACCCGCGCGCGCGCGCGCGCCCUCAACGCGAAGACGACCAGCCGCCCCGCAGCGCGACGCGCAACGAGACGGCCCACGCCCACGCGCAACGCGACGCGCCGUCGACACGCGCGGUCUCGCCGCGCCGGUACGAGGAGACCCGGACGUGCGCGUUCCAUUCUGAACGCGAGCGCGAAGCCGCCGCGCAAACUGCGCGCACGAACCUCCCGGGGCACCGGACGGGGGCGCCACGCGCCGCGAGUACGAACCACCGCGGAGGACCGCAGGAGGAGCUGCCCGGAGAGGGGUCAGCUGGGCGAACAACCGAGAAGGAACGAGGGGGAGCGGGCGGGGAGACUCCGGUGAGUACCAUCUACAUCUACCUGCCUCCCCCACUCUCCUCCCCGCCUGCUCCACGCGCGCGACCUGCGCGCCCGCUAUCGCACGACCCGCGCGUACCCGUCGAACGCGCCUGCCGCCCCCUGCCGUCGCCCGCUCCUCCGGCGCACCGCGCGCGUAGCCCACCUGCUGACACGAUCCAUCCGACACACGGUCCUCGCGUCGGUGUGCCCUCGUCCGUCGCGCCUCUGCGCUCGCGACGCUCCGUCGACGACUCGUCCCCGUCUGGGGGCCUUGCACCUGCGCCCGCUUCACACGCGCGCCCCCUCGCGCUCGAGGCUCCCUCGCCCGAACUUCCGCCCACCUCCGGCGCUCUCUCGCCGCGCUCACACGCGCGAGUCGUGGUACGCGCGCACCACGAACGCGAAGCACAGGCUGCGGAAGCGGCGUGGAGGGCUCGCCUGGCGAGUUACUCGACGGAGCCCACCGCCGUCGUACAAGUCAUUCCGACGCGUGUGUACGGGGCGGCCUUGCUCGCAUCCACCCUCUCGCACGACACGCGCAUGCCCGAAGAACGCGCGCGCGUCCCUCCUGCCGUUGUGCUCCCGUCGACGCGCACCUACCACGCCGAAGAGCCCUCGUCCCGCGGCUCUACGCCUGUGCCUACGUCACACGCGUCCAACACGUACGCUCCCGGCGAACGCGUCCUCCGCCAUCCGGCUCCGUCACCCUCGUCCCGCGGCCUCGCUCCUGCGCCUGUGUCGCACGCAUCCGACGCGCAUGCUCCCCGCGAACGCGUCGCGCGCGCCUUUCACGGAGUAGUGCAUCCAGCAGCCGCGACUCAAUCCGGCCAUCCUACCACCAGCAAAACGCCACGGCGGGUUGGAUGCCGGGCUGCGCGAGACCUCCGCGUGCCCGGUAGCCUCCCCUCGACACCGGGCGUCUCCGCCCGCGAAGCGUCAGCCCUUGUGUCGACCCCUCGCUCCUCGUCCGAUGCACAUCCCUCGAGGGUGUCGCGCACCUCCACCCACGGCGAGGACCGGCCCGCUCGCGCUAUGUCACCACGCUCGCACGCUCAAGCUCUACGUGCGCGUGAAGAGCGUCAGCGCGACGCUAUAAUUAUGCUCGCGAGGGUAUACCUGGCAGCAGCCGCGACGGAGCGUAGACGCGCUCUCUCCCGUCGCAAGGACAUAUGCGAGGAACGCACUCGCGCCGGUGUAUGGCUACACGAGACGCCUGAUCACGCUAUCUCGACGCCAGAGCCUCUGUGCUCGGUGGAAGACUCGCGUGCGGUGCCGUCAUGCGAUUUGAACAGAUCGUCUGGGGGGCAGCUCACUACGCGCGUUCGCUCUGCGCGUCUGACCGCGCUCGAUGCGCUCGCUUCUUCUGGGCGUGCCCAACGCCCUCCGGCCCACUCACCCCAUCUUGACGUGUCCUACUCGCCCCAGCCUCGUAGCCCGGCGAGCACGCCUGCGUCUCGCAACUCUGCACCUCACCUCCCGUCUCCGAUGCUGCGUGAACACUGGCCUACUUCGGCAUGCACGGGCCGAGAGUUCGAAGCUACCUUACGAUCCACGCGGACAAGCAUGUCGAAUUGCCCGAGUAAGGCGCUACCGGCAGCGAGUACUAUUAGUGGCCGCGACGGCUCGCGCGAUAGACACUCUCCUCCGUCACCAUCAGUCCCGGGUGCGCUCGACGCAUGUCCACCCUCUGCACGUUUGCCUUCGGUCUCGACAGACUUGCUCGGCUCCUCGCCUUCACAAGCAAAGAGCUUACCCGCCGACGCGGAGCCCUCGGGUCCCCCUCCACAACGCGAAAACCUCGCGCAGUUCUGGAGCAGCUUCCUGCGGAAACCUCAGGUUUCGGCAAGUGUGUGA